CACAAACACACUGACACACACACAUUUAAAGUGGCCAUGAAGGAGGGAGCUGUCUGUUUGAAGCUUGCUACAGUUGCGAACUGAUGUCUUGGAUUAUGCCGAACAGCAACUCCCCCACAUAUCAACUCUGACCUCAAGGAUUUGCAGGGAAUCAGUGAGCAAGGGAGAGAGGGAAAGACAGAAAGAAGCAAAAGGAGGUGGGUUAAAGGACUUCAUGUUCCAGUCAGGCAGUGUGGGAUUUUCUAGUCGAGAGACAGUACUGGUAAAGCCACUGACGAGUCAGCUCCGAGCAACUCUGUUAGAGUCUAUACUUUUUUGCAUUUGUACUCUUCCAAAGGCUAUGUGAAGUGCUGAAGAAAAAAGAAAUCUUCUGCCUACACAGAGAAUCCAGCUGCACACACAGAAGUCAGACCAGUGCAAUAAGCAACGCACUGUAGAAGGAAAAGGAGAAGAUAAAAGUAGAAAGGGAAAAAAGGGAGAAAAGGGAGAAAAUCAAGCAAGGAGCAAGAUCUAAGAGUCAAGCUGCAGCCAGCCGGAGCCAGUGGAAUGGACCAAGGUGCCAGUUGGAUUAAUCCCAGCGUACCCGCAGUGCUGUCUGAGGAAGAGGGCUGAGGGUCUGCUGCAUCAACAACCAAGUCCUGAAUGAGGAUGAAUGGAGAUGUUCUUUAGCCAAGCCUCAAGAUAAAACUCUUGCCGAUUCCACCUCCGUGUGAGCUGGGACAACACUCGCUAACAGCUGGAGGAGGAGGCGGUGGUGGUGACGGAGGAGGUGGAGAGGAGCCAGGGGGCCCAGAGCACUGCUGGUGCUGCUGCCCCAGAGGAGAGGCAAGGGAGCGGGCAGGACACCGCGGAGGAUCAAGGGUCGGUGGGGGAACACGAGGGAGGGGGAGAGGUGGCGGGCGUCCGGCGCCGCAUGGCCGUGCAGAGGCUAGUGGCGGCAGCGGUGGCAGUAGCCCUGCUGUCACUGGUCCUAAACAAUGUUGCAGCCUUCACCCCCAGCUGGGUCCUGCAGGCCCUGGAGGACGGACGCAAAAGGAGUGUGGGACUAUGGAGGAUGUGUCCCACGGGUGGGGAACGGGGCCGCGAAUAUCUGCAGGCUGGGAGAAGGGGACAGGGGACACAGAGGCAGUGCGAAGGCCUGGGAUGGGGCUCUGAUUAUGCAGGUUACCAAGAAUCCCGCAGCACUGUCAGAUUGCAGUUUGACAUGAUGCGGGCAUGUAACCUGAUGGCUACGGUGGCCUUGACUGCCGGUCAGCUAAUCUUCCUUCUUGGCCUGAUGGAGCUGCCCUUCAUCUCACAGGAAUCCCAGUGGUGGGAGGAGGCCAUUGCUGCACUCUUCCAGCUAGCCAGUUUUGUGCUGGUGAUUGGACUUGUGACCUUCUACAGGAUCGGGCCCUACACACACCUGUCCUACUCCUGCUACUUGGAUAUUGCUGCUUGCCUGCUGGCCACGAUGGCUGCAGCCAUGCUCAUCUGGAACAUUUUACAUCGCCGCGAUGACUGCCUUGCACCUCGAGUUAUAAUCAUCAGUCGCUCACUGGCAUCACCUUUCCAUCCACGCCUGGACAACGACUACGUGGAGUCACCUUGUUGAGCCACUACAAAGACUGUGCUCUAAACUUUUUCAUGUUUUACUCCAGCUAGGAGCCUCCAGUGGGACUCUCAAGAAAGAAGGGCAUUCCUGUGGCUCUAAAAGCUGGACUAACAUGUACUGCAAUUGUAAAACUAUUUUUCUCCAAACAUAAACAAUGAUAUCAGAAUUAUAAUGCUGCUCAGGGCACAAAGUCAAAUUGAUGUAUUAAGUCAACCCUAAGCUUCCAAACAUAUUCAAAAAUGUAUGAUGAUUCAUUUAUUCAUGCUAGAGUGAGCUCAUUUGUGGCGAAAUAUGAAUUUUGGACGAGGGAUGUCUUAAAUCAAACAACCUGCUCAUGAAAAGAUCAAGCUGGAACUUGACCUAUUUUAUUAUAUGUGCACUUAUUAAAUGGCCUCCUGUAUAAUUAUAAAUUGGAAAUUAUGAAAGAUGUUGAAAAUGUAUUACCGGAAUACCUCAUAUUUGUUUUCAUCCUUUUAAAGCUUAUUAUAGAUUUAAUACAUAUGAAUAUUAAUGAUAUAUGUUGCAAGUAAGUAGGUAAACUAACAAGGUAAAAGCAGAAGAGUCUGUCAAACAUUUUUGAUUUGGCUUACCCAAAUCAGUGACAAUAUUUAAUUUUAAAACAGACAAUGUGGUGAGGUAAUAUUCUUACUCUCUCUGAAUGUGUCACAUUCAAAUUUUUACGUUUGAAGAAUGGAAGAUAUAAAAAUACAAACUAACUCCCAAUGAAUCUAUUGAAGUGAUUUUUUUAAGCAGUAUUUGUUAAAUUGAUGGUAACCAAUGUUUUGGCAAAGUGCACUGCAUUUUGAAAUGACAUGCAGAUAUCAAAGCGCAUUUUGAAAUGAUGCCUUCCAUACAAAACUCUGCUCGCUUGUGGUACAUACUGUAUACUAAAAUUAAUAUAAUAUGUUGGUAUAAGGAAUAGUGCUAUCAUUAGUAGUAGUAUUAUUGUGACCAUAUCAUACUUCUGCAAAGAGCUCCAGGCUAUCAGCGGGUCUUCCAUAUCGCCAUACAUAGGGGCACAUUAAAAUAGUAAUAUAUCAUUUAAAUUCAAUAAAUUUAUUGGUAAAUAUUCAAACACAUUGGUUGUUGUUGUUUCUGCUGUUUGGUGUCCAACACCACACCUGACAAAUGGACAACACAGAACUUAAUUAAUUUGAAAAUUUGUAAUGACAGAUAUUUAAUACUUAUUUGUAUAAAUUUAACCUUAAGCAACAUAAUUGUAUCUGUGAUAUUCUUAACUCAAGGUUCACUUACUAACUUUCUUUCUGGAGCGUUUGACCAUAUAUUACAGACUUAUUCAGCGACUAGAAUUUGCUCAGGUGUUAUUAUGUGACCUAAGUACAGUACUAUGUACAGAACUUAUGUCACAUGAUAACAAGUGGAUUACAUAUAUUCCCCCGAAGAGGGCUGUGAGAUAUGACUGAAAGCUCAAGAAAAUAGUAGUGAGUGAGCAAGGUAAAAAAUGAACCUCCCUCAAGAUUUGUUAAGAGAUCAUAUGACCAUAAAUCACAUCAUCUAUAGCACAGUAAAGUAUAAGAAAAAGUGCUGCACAUACUGUAUAUUGCUUUAGGUUUUGUGUUUUACCGCUAGAACACUAGAAUAAUCAUCAGUAAUCAUCUGGGAUUAGACUGGUAAAAUAAAAUAAAAUUCCAUUACCAAAAAUGAAAAACUGACCCAAACCUGUCGGGUUAAGGAUGACAGAAACACUCCUAUCCUCUGUGAAGAUAAAUAUAGUUAUCUACUUUUUGUACAAUUCAAAUUCUAGUGUUUGCUUCAGGGAACGGGAAUAACUUCUUAGAAGAAUGACAGACUAACAGUGGUGAAGAACCGUAAUGGGUUCAUGCAGUGAGUUACAUUUCCUAUGACAAAUGGCAUAAACUGAGAGCAUGAGGGUCACAUGUUCCUCAGUUAAUUAUGAUCCAUCGGUCUCUGCUUCACUCCUGAAUACUUCCUUGGGUGUUUUUGUUCCUGAUGGAAAGGGGGUGUUUUGCUUUCAAAUGGCAAAUACAGUGUCAAAUAGACAGUUCGAGAAGGCUUGCAUUCAUGUAGCAGAUAACCCUGUAGCAUGUCACCUAAAGUCAAGGACAACAUGAAUGAGAGGAAGUAGCACAGUCUGGACUGAAUAAAGACAUUCCAACCUAUCUGACAUGUUGUUUUGGGAGGCAGAGGGACUUUCAUGCUGAGAUGAUGUGUUUUGAAUUAAGUGACUUAUUACUUAGAUCAUUUUCCUACUUGAUUCAAAACAUCUAUGGAUGAGGCUCCAUGUAUUCGAUGAAAUAAACUUGACUCCUGGAUGGCGAGCCGGUCUCUGACUCAA